AUGCAGCAACAACAGCAGCAGCAAAGAAACCGUUUAUUACAUUUUCAAAUAUUCGGAGUAAAUGUUUCCGAGUUACAGCAAAUAUUUAUCUGGGUAUUUGCAAUGCUCACUUAUACUCCAUUAUCCCUUUGGUUAGCUUUGGCAUUCUCAGUUGGUGGCUUGAUCACGUGUAUACCAGCAAUGAUUUGCUGGAUUGGGUUGUUAGUGUGUGCAAUUGUUGGUGUCGGAAGCUCACUGUUUCUUGAAAACCUGUCAUCCUCCGAAUUUCCAAACUCUGUUUACAUAAACACUACCGGUUUCAAUCCAACUUAUCCUGAACCACUACCGACCGAAGUUUCUAUCUCUGCAAAAACUCACAAAAGUGUCCCGGAAACUCCAGAAGUUCAUCAUUUGACACAAUUAAAGAAACUCGUUACUAAUGAAUCGAAGAAACCUAGUUCAGGCGAAAUUCCGAAAGGAAGUGCCGCAGCUUUGGCUCAAGCAGAGGCUCGUCAAGAAUUUGAGAAACAAGCUAUCGGUGGUGUUAUCAAAGAUGGGCCAGCGAUAAAAACAAAUCGCCACCAAGAGACUCGAAGAGUAUAUGCAAAAGAAAGCUGA